AUGGAUAAAUUUAUUAGCAAUUGGAAAACAUACAAUGGUCCUCAUUAUUUAAAUAGCAAAAUUGUCGAAGAAACACAAAGUUUGUCGUUUGAUAUUCUGAUGGCUUUACUUCUAUCAGACAAAGAUUUGCAUGAAGUAUAUAUAAAUCGGCAACAAGUUUUGAGUUCAGCGCUGCAAACUGUAUCUGACAUCAAUUAUUCUGCAUUAAGCUUAUCAAUUUUUUUGCCAAGUUGCUUACUUCGUAUGUAUUUAAGAUUCAAUAGAAAAUAUCAAAAAGCGCAAAAUAUAUGGAGAGAAUUUAUAAACGAUAUUAUAAAUCGAGAAUUGGAUAGGUUGCGUCAAAUCGAAAAACAUGAAAGAACAAAUUUGAUCGCAUCGGUGGUAGCAUCAUUGCAAACGGAUGAGGCAAAAGAAAUGAAGAAGCGAGAAGAAGAAAAACAAGGCUUAUCGCGUGAAGAACUAUUUCAAGAGAUUUUAUCAAUAAUUGAAGCCGGUACGGAUCCACCAGCCACAGCGAUAUCUUGGUGGAUUUACUACAUGAGUAAAUAUCCUGUAGUGCAAGAAAAAAUUAAACAAGAAUUGAUGGCCAAUGGUAUAACAAAAGAGACAUAUUUGACCAAUGAAUUAUUGGAGAAACUUCAAUAUGUGGACUGUGUUGUAAAAGAAUUGUUACGACAUGCACCUAUUUUCAGUUCAACUAUGAAAACUCUUAAACAAAAUGAUGAGAUCGAUGGAAUAAAAUUAGCUAAGGGCGAUACUGUUUUGGUGGCUUACUAUAAUAUGCACAAAGAUAAACGCUAUUGGAAGUUAGAUCCAAUCCAAUUCAUUCCAGAAAGAUUUUUUGGUUUGGAUGCAAAAGAUAAAGAUCAUCACCGCUAUGCAUUAAACACUUUUGGAGGAGGGCCCCGUCAGUGUAUGGGUCAAGAUUUAGCCCGGCUACUGUUAAAAACAAUGAUAACUCGCUUAAUGCAACAUUUUACAUUUGUCGAUGGUGGCCCAGAAAAAAAUACUGGGCGUCAUUUUCAACUUGGCGAAACUAUGAAGCCAGAUAUGGCUGUUUACAUCUACUGCGACUAA